UACCUGUGACUAGCGUAGAGGAUAGAAAGUUUAUACGAUGUCUUUCAGAAAGAAUUUAAAUAAAAUGAAAAAUCAAACGUUACAAAAGCAACAUUAUAAUCAAAAAAGGGAUAUUUCUAUCAAUUCGAAUAAAUCUAUUUUCCCUCCAUAUACUCUUAGUGUGUUAAUGGUGUUAACGUUAGCAAAUCGACUUUGUCUCUCCAUCAGUCCCACUUCUUGGUGGAUUUUACAUCCAGAUGAAGUUUUCCAAUCGAUUGAAGUUGCACAUUCUGAAGUAUAUAAUUAUGGAUUUCGUCCGUACGAAUAUCUCCCCUCCAAAAUUCCAGACUCCGUUAGUGAAAAACAACACAUGAAACUAAGUAUGUACAGUAUGAGAAGCUGGCUUCAUCCUCGAAUUUAUAUCAUUUUAUUUUACUUUAAGGAAUGUUUUUCGAUUAAAACUAAUCCAUUUGUGUUUGCUAAAAUGUGCCACGCAUUCCUUGCUGGAUUUUUACCUUUAAGCAUCUACAAAUUUCUGACAAGUAUUCAAUUUCCAGAUGAUAUUGCUAUAAUAUCCUCGAUUUUGGUAGCUUUUUCGGAACAAUUGAUUCAAAUGGGGACUCAUACUCUUAUUCAUAGCUUAUGCUCUCCUUUGCUUUUUUACUUUUUAAGUGAUUUCUUUCGAAUUACAGAUAUGCAGAAAGAUAACGAAGAAGCGAAACAAAAGAUAUCUUUGCAUUUGCUUUUUAUCAGUUUCUGUUUUGGUCUUUUAAUAUAUCUUAGACCAGAUUAUAUUCUUAUCAUAUCUCUCCUGAUUUUAACUUUUCGAGGAAAGAUAAUUCUGCAAAAUAUUCAACUAAUAAUAGCAAUUAUCUUGGGAGUGUCUGCGGGAAUUUUCACAGGAGGGUUUGACGAUUAUUUUAGUUACGGACUAUGGUUUGUUUCACCCUGGCAGUGGAUUAGGUUUCAGAUGUAUUUUGCAGGGAAUCUUUUCGGUAGAAUGGAUAUAUCGUUCUAUAUCAAAGAAACAAUUGUUUCUAACUAUCCAAAUACCAUUUUAGCGUCGAUGACAUUAUUAAUAUUUGGGAGUUUUUUAUUUGUAAAUUACAGCAAAGUAUAUCGCGAAUAUAUGAUAAAAAUGACAAAAUUAGGCUUAGUAGUCAUUUUACUAUUAGUAUUUUACUCUUUUCAGCCUCACAAGGAACUACGCUUUAUACACGACGUCAUUGUUCUCUUCCUCUGCAUUUCGUCUGUGACUGUGUACGUAUUAUAUUGUUUCAUUCGACAUCUGGCAUCGGAAAAUGCUCUUUAUACAGACUUCCUUCUUUUCGCUGAAAUUAUUUUGUAUGUUAUCGACGCUUUUAUGUUUCGAAAUACAAUAGAUCAUACAGAAUCCAGUAUGGUUAACAUGAGCUUGGAUUUUGUUAGCAAACAAAGUGAUGUUACUGGCUUAUUACUGGAUUAUUCCAUAUACAAAACGGGGGGAUAUACGAUAUUACAUAAGGACGUUCCUAUUUUUGCCAAGACUCACUACGAAUUUAGAGAAUGGAGCAUCGAUAGCAGACAGAAUUUUAGCAGCAAAAAUUAUUUUGGAGUAGAAAAAAAUAUCAGUCUCUGUCUCAUGGAUAAAGUUACUAAUUUUGUUUCUGUGGAAAAUAGCCCUUUAGUCUUAAAAUCUAUAUUAUCUUCUCCUAUUUAUAAUUAUGUCAUUAUUACAGAAGCUAGAAAAUUUUUAAAGAAAGGUUUUCGCGACGUUUUUACAAUUGGAAACGUCACCGUUUAUAAAAGGGAAAAAACAAAAUAUGCUAAAGAAUUUCUUAAAAACUUUGCCGAUAAGAUCAGUAUUGGAAGUAAUUCUACUCUACUUCAAUAUGAAGCAAGUUGGUUAAUGACUUUAGACCUACCUAAUCUGGCAAUAGAUAGGUUACAGAGAGCUCUUCAAAUAGAUCCUCAAUGCGUAAGGUGUUGGCAAUUACUUUAUGUUAUUUUAGAUAAAACAAAUCCAGAAAAAGCUAAAGAAAUACCUAAUCGAUGUUAUAGUUUAAUUAAUAAAGAAAUUUGUGAUACACCAACUGAAAAAAUUAUACUUCAUCCAGAAUAUCAAUUAAAAUUUCCAACGUGACAUUUAUACACUUUUUAAU